AUGCGCCUGCAGUUCAGAACGUGCAUUGUUCAGAUUUCAACAGAGCCAGGAUUAAAAGGAACCAGAAGAGAACGAACCUCAGAAACAUUUCCACGCUGCCUCCUAGCAACGCUGGUAGGGCAGAAUCGCGCAGGGCCCGCUCCGCUCAGGGCCCGCUCCGCUCAGGGCCGGCUCCGCGCAGGGCCCGCUCCGCUCAAGGACCGCUCCGCGCAGGGACGGCUCCGCGCAGGGCCCGCUCCGCGCAGGGCCCGCUCCGCGCAGGGACGGCUCCGCGCAAGGACCGCUCCGCUCAGGGACCGCUCCGCGCAGGGACGGCUCCGCGCAAGGACGGCUCCGCGCAGGGCGCGCUCCGCGCAGGGCGCUAAGGACCAGCAGCCCCGUCCGCGCGCCGCCUCAGCAGCCUUUUCCCGCCCUUUUUUCCCGCCCGUCCCUGCUCUCGCCCUCCGGCACCAGCAGCGCCUCAGCGCCUGUCGCCCUCAGCUCUGUCCCACUGCGGCCGCCGCACUCCGCUCCCGCGCUCACAACCCCGGGCUCUUGCCGUCUUGGGACAGGAGCGAUUCCAUUGUGGCUACCGUCCUCCUUGGGCUCUGCCUGGCUCCAGCCUUCGGGCUUGUUGUUGGGCAGAAGACCGGGCACGAUCAGUUCCCUGGACAGGACCAGUUCCCCGGGCAGGAUGUGUUCCCCAAGCCACAUUACCCUCAGAAUCCUGACCUGCACCAGCAAACCACCAUCGUUGUGGGCACCCAAAUUCUGACCCUCAAGAGGCAAUGGCACGCGGCCAUCAUCGAGAAGAAGAGCACUGUGGGUGCAUGGAAAACCGUUUGGAACUACAGGACGGGUGUGAUUGCAACCAGAAUGCCAACCGAGAGAGUCUGCUACAUUUCCACCAUGAACAGGCAGCUGGUGCCCACCUUUGAUGCUCUGCCCAGACUGGCCGAACAGAACAGGAUCCAGGGAGUUAAAGGACAACCUUCACAGGACAUCAUCUACGUCAUCAAGAGACCUAUCCUCAACCUCCAGGUUUAUGGACAAGAGGUCAUCACCCUGUGCAGUGGACUCACAACCUACGAGACUUAUGAGGUCCAUGGACCCCAAUUCACUGUCGACCAGGGAUUGUGCACCAAAAUCAAUGUGCUGCACCUGCUGGACUUUGUCUUCUGCCGUGCCAACAACAAGGACAUGAAAAAGGCUCUGGGAUCCUCAUGCUGGAGUGGACAACCAGACCUGCAGCUACACUUUGUCUUUCCAUUUCCAUUUCAGAUUCUGACUACCAUCCUCCUUGGGCUCUGCCUGGCUCCAGCCUUUGCUGAUGUACACCAGAAAAAACAAUUCAGCAAGAAAAUCCCCAUUCCUGGAGGCAGCCAAAUUCUGACCGUCAACAGGGAAUGGCGUGUGGCAACUGUUGAGCAGAAGAGCAGCACCCAGGGCUCAUGGAAGAGCAUUUGGAACUAUGAUACGGGUUUUGUGGCGAGCAAAGUGCUGCCAGAGAGAGCUUGCUACAUUUCCAUCAUGGACAGGAAGAAGAUGCCCAACUUUGAUGCUCUGCCCAAACUGGCUGAACAGAAUGUAAGAGCCAAGGGGAGGAGUCCUGCAAAGGACAUCACAUUCACCCUCAUCAAGAGGCCCAUCCGGGACCUCAAGUCCUACGGACCAGACAUCUUCUCUAUGUGCAGAGGACUCCAAACAUAUGUGGCUUAUGAAUACCAGGGACCCCAACAUGGAAUCAGCUCAUGCAAAAGACUUGAUGCUCUGCACCUACUGGGCCUUAAAUACUGUCAUGCCAAUAUCAAGGCCUGAAGAUCUUACCUUGAUUGAACCAAGUGCAGCUGCUCCAUCACUGCUGCACCAAGCCAGCCCCAAUGCUGCUCUUCCCUGGCAUCUCCUCCUUCCAGAGUUUCCUUCUCCAUGAU